UGCUUCUUGGUUUCCAAAGAAAAUGGCAGAAGCAGCAGCAGAGCCUCCCGGGCAGCUUGUUGUGCACUCAGGCACUCACAGUGACGCUGUCCUGGCCAGCUUGGAGGACCAGAGGAAGAAGGGCUUUCUCUGUGACAUCACUUUAAUCGUGGAGAAUGUGCAUUUCCGGGCCCACAAAGCCUUACUGGCGGCCAGUAGUGAAUACUUCUCCAUGAUGUUUGCUGAAGAGGGGGAGAUCGGCCAGUCCAUUUAUAUGCUGGAGGGCAUGGUGGCCGACACAUUUGGUAUCCUGCUGGAGUUUAUCUACACGGGUUAUCUCCAGGCCAGUGAGAAGAGUACAGAACAAAUCCUGGCGACUGCUCAAUUCUUAAAAGUCUACGACCUGGUAAAGGCUUACACGGACUUUCAGAAUAACCAUAGCUCCCCAAAGCCAGCGACGUUGAACACAGCUGGUGCUCCAGUGGUGGUUAUUUCUAAUAAGAAAAAUGAUCCGCCGAAGCGGAAACGGGGAAGACCAAGAAAAGUCAACAGUUUGCCAGAGGGGAAAUCGGAACUGGCUGCGGAGGAAGAAAUACAGCUGAGAGUGAACAACUCAGUUCAGAACAGACAAAACUCUGCGGUUAAAGAGGGAGACAGUGGGGUACUGAAUGAACAGACCGUAGCGAAAGAAAUAGAAGAAUCUGAGCCUGCUUGUGAGCCAGGUAGAGGGGAGGGAACUCCCGCUGAAAAAGAUGAGAACUGUGAUCCUAAGACCCAAGAUGGGCAGGACCACCAGACUCGGUACAGCAAGCGGAGGAUUCAGAGAUCCAUCAAACUGAGAGAUUACAAACUUGUUGGGGAUGAAGAAGAUCAGGGGUCAGCCAAGAGGGUCUGUGGAAGGAGAAAGCGCCCCAUUGGCCCUGAGGCCCGUUGUAAAGACUGUGGCAAAGUCUUCAAGUACAAUCACUUUUUAGCAAUCCACCAGAGGAGCCACACGGGGGAGCGACCUUUCAAAUGCAAUGAGUGUGGAAAAGGCUUUACCCAGAAGCACUCCCUACAGGUCCACAGCCGGAUUCACACAGGCGAGCGGCCAUACACCUGCACUGUGUGCAGCAAGGCUCUCACCACCAAGCACUCGCUGCUGGAGCACAUGAGCCUGCACUCAGGACAGAAGUCUUUUACCUGUGAUCAGUGUGGAAAAUAUUUCAGCCAGAAAAGACAACUAAAGAGCCAUUACCGAGUCCAUACAGGCCACUCAUUACCGGAAUGCAACCACUGCCAUCGCAAAUUCAUGGACGUGUCUCAACUAAAGAAACACCUACGAACACACACAGGUGAGAGGCCAUUUACGUGUGAAAUCUGUGGCAAAUCUUUCACAGCAAAGAGUUCUCUUCAGACCCACAUCAGAAUCCAUCGAGGAGAGAAGCCGUACUCCUGUGGCAUAUGUGGCAAAUCCUUCUCUGACUCCAGCGCCAAGAGGAGACACUGCAUUCUGCACACGGGCAAAAAGCCUUUCUCCUGCCCUGAGUGUAACUUACAGUUUGCUCGUUUAGACAACCUGAAGGCUCACUUGAAAAUCCAUAGCAAAGAGAAACAUGUAGCGGAUGCCAGCAGCAUUUCCAGCAAUAAUAAUACUGAAGAGGUCAGGAAUAUUCUUCAGCUGCAGCCGUAUCAACUCUCUACCUCCGGAGAGCAAGAAAUACAGCUUCUUGUAACCGAUUCUGUACAUAACAUCAAUUUCAUGCCUGGUCCCAGCCAAGGAAUCAGCAUCGUCACUGCAGACAGUUCCCAGAGCAUGACUGCAGACCAGGCUGCUAAUCUCACGCUGCUCACACAGCAGCCAGAACAAUUACAGAAUUUAAUUCUUUCAGCUCAACAGGAGCAAACGGAACACAUCCAGAACCUCAGUGUGAUUGAAAGCCAGAUGGAACCCUCGCAGAGCGAGCCAGUGCACGUAAUCACACUUUCCAAGGAAACCCUGGAGCAUCUGCACGCCCACCAAGAGCAAACAGGGGAGCUCCAUUUAGCAAGUGCUGCACAUCCGGCUCCGCACCUGCAGCUGACGCAGGAGUCUGCUCCGCCACCACCCAGCCCCCACGUGCCACAGCCCACACCGCUGAGCCAGGAGCAGAGCUGACCUAGAAACACGUUUGACUGCUCUGCUGCUCUCUUCUCCCUAUGCCAGCUAUACCUGGAUUGUGGGCUUGACGUCAGGCUUCCUGAAAUGCUUACAGGCCCUUGCAGAGAUGUAGCCAGCUGUUAGCUAUAAUGCUUUCCACCCAGGCAGCAAGAUGUGUGUAUCAUGUCCUAUAUAUAGUACUGAUAGAGAUUUAGCAUUUUACUAUUGACGAGUGGUUUUCAUUUCAUCUACUACAUCUCAUUAAGACUUGGGUAAUUUUUCUUUGGGAUAUCAAUUUAGACUUUUCUGUAAGUACUAAAAGCUCACAGCCAUAGGUUCUUGUCUUGCUGACCUUUCCAGUUACAUUAUUUUUUUAGGGCAAGGAAGUCAUAUGUUGAAUUAGGUAGAAUGGCUGGUUCCACUUCCUUAUUUCUCAUAGGCAACACUAUUGCCUCUACAAGACAAGUCGAACUCCCAGACCUGCAAAGAUACUUGAUCUUCAUAAUGAAGUUAAAGCUUUCUUAAUUGUCCUGGAAUAAUUUUAUUCGACAUAAUUUGUGUUAAAUAUACUGAAUUGUAAUUGACCUCUGAAGAUGUUGACCUGUGUAUUAUGUCUGAUAAAUUUCUGGAUAGGAACUUAUAAGCUAUUUUUAUUGCAAAGUAGGUUAAAUUCCAUAAAAUGGGCACAUUAUUUUUAAAAAUAAAUAUUUCUUAUCUUAAAAUCAUUGAGCCUCAGAGAAUUAGUAGCCAACAUAUAUCUGUAAUUAUUAUAUGACUUUAGAUAAUAGUCAAAAGAUUAAAUUAUGCUUGGGUUAGAUUUUCCCAAUCCAGCAUAUUUUAUUGACUACUUGGACUGCUUUCUCUCAAGUAAGUUAGUAGUGAAUUUUUGAGAAACGAAGUGGGCACUGGUAUAUUUAAGUUAAUGCUGGUGGAGAGUAGGGGUGAUUUACCCUAAAAUUAACAGGAUCAUCACAUCACCUGUUUUCUUAUUUUAGACACCUUUGAUUUCCACCUGAAUCAAAUUAAGUUUGGAGGUUAAAGUAAUACAGAAUUGCUCAGGUUUGAGAGGAGGUGAAAGCAUUUUUCAAACAUAUUUGCCAAAAUAUGUGUUAUUAUAUAUAAUUGACAAAAUGAUUUAUAUGUAUCAACCAAAGUAUCUUAAAGUUCGAUGACUGUAUCCAAAGUAAAUGUUAAAUCAGACCUGACUAGAGCAGAAGUAUUUUUGCAAAUAUAGUUAUGCCUUAAAUAUUAUUUCAGGUUCUCACCUUAGUUAUUUAAACUGUUUACUUAAACCUUAUUCUUAAAAUGCAAAGCCUUUCCCAGCUGUUCAAAGCCUACUGGCCCACGUUUUCUCCAGGAUAUAAAUAGUAUUCAAGUAAAUGAAUUUUUAACUACUCA